GAGUUUAUUCAAUAAGCUAAGAAGAUAGAUACAGUAAAUUAAAUGAACGCAGAAAAUAAAAUAAGAGUAUGUGUAUGUUUAGCAGGUAGAUCUGCACUCCUCGGCGGUCGCUAUAAGACUGAUGAUGUUUCACUUCGCUCUACGUCGAACGAUUGAUAACGGUACUGCAGCCAGCUGCCUUUGUUGGAACCAGUGGCUGUAUUAUUCGGACUAACCUUUCUACCGACGCGUUCCUCGUGACGUGGACUAUUUACACACUCGUUUUUUAUUUCACAUGACUGCACGUGGUACUAUUCGCUUUCUCGAAUUAUCGUACCUCCUUCGUUUCUUUACCAUCCACGCGUUUAUACAGUUUCCGAAACAUUUCUCCGACGUUGCCGAGAAACAAGCGUGACGUCGAUCGACCGAUCGAACGGCGUCAAACGGUCGAACCGAGUUAUAAUCGAUAGGAAGAAAAAUCGAAUUUGCAAAUCGCAAAAUCUCGAUCGUAAGCGGGAUACUUGAUGGAGUUUCGAAUCAGUGUGCGUGCUCGAAGAACGAUGCGUGAUUGGGUAACGAUCUCGCUACUGGAGAGCAAACAAGAAUUUAAUCGAUAAGAAAACGUAAAGCAAACGGAGAUACGCAUGGAUCGAAGAGUCGAAGAACGAUCGUGUCGUGGUCAUCGGCAAAGUAAGUUGCGUAUCGGUAUAAUCGUAGCGAUGCUUGGAAUCGGCGUUGGUACCGUAUUGUUUGCGUACGCGGCGUUUGCGUCCACGAUCGACGCGUCGCACGAUCGAACGUCCAUGCGACAAGUCAUUUUCGUGUUUCGACACGGUGAUCGCAGUCCCACGGAAACUUAUCCGACGGAUCCGUACCGAGAUUACAAAUGGCCUGGAGGUUGGGGAGCUUUGACCAAGGAAGGCAUGCUGCAAAUGUACACUGUCGGCGAAUGGAUCCGCGAGCAAUACGGCUCGAUAAUUACCAAUAAUUAUCGAUUCGAUCUAUCGUUGACGCAGAGUAGCUACGCGGAUCGCUGCAUAAUGUCCGCUCAAACUUUACUCGCUGGCUUGUAUCCGCCGAGCCCCGAAGAACUGUUCGUUUCGAGCCUGAGUUGGAGACCCGUUCCUGUUCAUUCCACUCCCAGGAAUCUGGACAAGUUGAUCACAGUCAAAGCUCCCUGUCCGAGAUUAGAGGAAGCCUUGAAAGAAGCGUACGCGAAUGAAUCCACGCGUCCUGGAACUCCAUCAGCCGAAUACUACCAACAGCUUUCCACUUUUACCGGACAAAAUAUGACUACAAUCACCGACAUUGAAUUUCUGUACAAUACUCUAGAAAUCGAAAAACUUCACGGAUUGAAAUUAGCCGAAUGGACGACAAUGUAUUACAACGAAUACAUGCGUGAACUCGCGGCUAGAAGUUUGGCCAUAUUCACCAGCAACACGUUGCAGAAACGAUUGCGAGGAGGACCAUUGCUUAAAGAAAUCUUGGGACGCAUGAGAGCUUUCAGAAACGGGGAAGAUACAAGGCGAGCAUAUCUUUAUUCCGCCCAUGAUAUAACUCUGGUGAAUUUGUUGAGAACCAUGGGAUUCACGAAGGAAUAUCUGAAGCCUGCGUACGGUGCGAUGAUAGUCUUCCAAUUGCACUAUACCUCCGACCUUGUAGAAGAUGCAGAAGUAAAGUUACUGUAUCGAAACGAUACCCACACGAGCACACCGCAUCCUAUGGAAAUACCAAACUGUACCACGCCUUGUCUGCUCGGAAACUUGACAAGUUUAUGGAAAAACGUGCUUCCCGAUAAUUGGGACGAAGAAUGUCUACUCUGACGGAUUUCUCUUCGUUUCUCCGUCUCUGUACCAUUUUUUUACGCUUGUACUUACAGCCUCGAACAUCUUAUAUCCGAAUACGACCGGUAGUUUUUGCGAAAAGAACGGAAAAAGCCUGUGAAAUGAUACACGCGUCGCGCAACGCUCUGUGUCAUACGAAUCAAUUCUAAUUCGAGCGAAGCCGGUUAAGAUUACUAAAUUGGCACAAAAUCGUUUAACCAGGAUGUGUCCGCGUUGCUUACGCAACAAAUGACACUGGAUGUUUUGCAUGUCUCGUUACGCAAUACCAGAACGAUUAUUACAACCAGUCUUUCCGUUGAAUUCAAAUACUCGAAUGUCGAUUAAACGUCGUCAAGGUAGUAUCGGUAUCGUUCGAGAUAUCGCGCCCUUCUCGAACGUUACCGUUCGCUUUUCUUAUCGAACCUAUCAAUUCUUUUUCUCUACACGUUUUACCAUACAACUGUAUUCUUUCGUUAACGCUCAAUUAACACCCGUCCAACGCGUGUGUUUCAACACGAUAAUUAUCAAAGGAUGUAAUAGUACCAAUGAAUCUCGAAUAUUUCGGGUGUAGUAAAUGAUUGUAUAUAGAUUUGUAAAUAAAUGAAU